ACCGAGAUACGCAUUUAUUAUAUAAUAAAGUAAUUCACAGAGAAGCAAAUGCUGCCCAGCCUCUCCUCCAUUUGAUUAGCUGCUUGUUUUACAAGAUCAAUUUCCUCCCGGAGACACCAGCAAUAAACGAUUUGAUGGAUCUAAGUUUCGGCGGAAGUUCCUCCUUUUCCGGCGAUUCUGGUUGUCGAUACAUAUACGACGUAUUCUUGAGUUUCAGAGGUGAAGACACUCGGGACAAUUUUGGCCGCCACCUCUAUGCUGCUUUGGAGAAAGAAGGCCUUGUAAUCUUCCUAGACGGGGAUGAAGUUGAGAGAGGAGAAGUUAUCAGUCGGGGGGUGCGGAAAGCCAUCCACAAGUCCCGAUGCUCGAUCGUUGUGUUUACAGAAUGCUACGCAUCUUCCAGAUGGUGCCUUGACGACCUCGUAAUGAUCCUUGAAAGCACGAGGACCUCCGGCCAAUUUGUCUUACCAGUCUUCAACGGAGUGGACCCUUAUGAUGUGCUGAUGCAGACAGGAAGUGUAGCGAAAGCAUUUGCUAGGCACGAUGUAAGAGAACGGUUGGACAAGGUGAAGGGAUGGAGGGCGGCACUAACAGAGGCUGCAAAUUUAGGAGGGAUGAUCGUGCAAAGUGAAGCUGAUGGGAACGCAAGCAAGUUUAUCGAAAAUCUUGUUGCAAUCACUACAGCAAGACUACGACGACGUCACCCUUUGUGGUACAUCCCGUACCUUGUUGGAAUAGAUUCGCAUCUCAAAGACGUUAAUUCAUGGCUACAAGAUGAAUACUCUGACAUUGGCAUGCUUGUAAUUCAUGGGAUGAGUGGAAUAGGGAAGACAACUAUUGCACGGCAUUUUUAUAGAUUGAACGCGGCACGAUUUGAUGAAUGCAGUUUCCUUGAAAAUAUAAGAGAAACUUCAAAAAAACCCACUGGCUUAGUUCAUAUACAACAAAAACUUCUCUAUGAUAUUUGUGGCAGAAUAGUGAAAAUCCACAAUGUUAGUGAGGGAAUAGUUCAGCUUAGAGAUGCCAUAAAAUCUGAAAGAGUUUUUGUUGUUCUCGAUGGUUUGGAAGGUAUGCAUGAAUUUGAUGCUGUAAUAAAUGGGUUGAAAGACGCAUUGUUUGGAAGUAAAAUCAUCAUAACAACUACAAAUGCAAGGGUGUUAAGGGCUGCUCAGAAAUUCGGUUGUAAGGUAUGUACUGUUGGAGUUUUGAACUACAGUGACUCGUUGGAGCUUUUCUGUUGGCAUGCUUUUGAUCAAUGCCAUCCAAUUGAAGAACGUUACAUGGAACAGUCAAAAAGGAUAGUACAACACUGCGGAGGGCUUCCAUUAGCUCUUACUAUUCUCGGUUCUGCACUAUCUGGGCAAAGUAUAGAUGCAUGGGAAAGCACAUUGAAUCAACAGCAAAUUUUUCCACAUUAUUCAACCAUGGAAAGACUCAAAAGAAGCAUCUAUUCUUUAACGGAUGAUCAUGACCGAGCACUAUUCCUCCAUAUUGCCUGUUUCUUUAUUGGAAUGGACAGAGAUUACGUUGUUAGAAUACUUGAUGGGUGUGACUUCCACACAAUUGUUGGCAUGGAAAAUCUCAUUGAAAAAUGCUUGCUAACAACUGAUAGAGAUAAUAAGUUGUAUGUGCAUCCCAUAUUUCGUGACACGGGAAGAGAAAUAGUACGCCACGAGAAUUGGGAGCCUUGGGGACGUAGUAGACUGUGGCAUGAUGCAGAUUCUUUUCGAGUAUUGACCAAAAAAUUUGGCACGACAAACAAUCCAGGCUUUUCCAACGGCAUUAAAGGCAUUUCCUUCAACAUGCAUAUGUACUCAAAAAGCAGUUCCUCAGAUUCAAAUGUCGCGGUCUUUGAAAGCAAUGCAUUUAGAAGGAUGGGUAAUCUACAGCUACUCCGACUUAGUCAUGUAGAGCUCAAUGGAUGUUAUGCUGAACUUCCUAAAGGAUUAAGAUGGUUGUGUUGGCUUGAAUUUCCUUUGUAUUCUAUACCUGAUGAUCUUGCUUUGGACCGUCUGGUGGUUCUCGAAAUGCAGUAUAGCAGCUUGAGACAAGUCUGGAAGGGGAGAAAGAAUCUUCCAUCAUUGAAGAUCCUUGAUGUCAGCCAUUCCCAUGACCUUACUGAAGUCGCCGACUUGUCGCUAGUCCCCAACCUAGAGAGACUGAUUCUUAAAGAUUGUGAGAGCCUUGUUGGUAUCCAUGAGUCUAUUGGAAAGUUAGAGAAACUUGUUUACUUUAACAUAAAAGAUUGCAAAAGUAUUCAGAAGUUUCCUAAGAGCAUGCCAAAAAACCUUGAAACACUUAUAACACAUGGUUGCUCAAAUCUUGAGGAGUUUAGAAUUAUGCAGAUGAGGAUGAUGGUACAUCUGAAAGCUCUUGACGCAGAUGAAGCUCACAUUAGUGGAUUAGUUUAUGGGGCGCAAAAAUCAGGGCUCACUUUGUGGGACCAUACGAGGUUCACUAAAAAUAUAAAGCUCAGAGUUCAUGUAAACCUUACUCAUUUGUUGCGCGGGUGUGAGAAGUUUAUGAAGCUAAUUAUACAGCAGUAUCUGGAUGCUGCUAACAAUCAGAACAAAGAUUUGGGGGAGCAAAAUCUAAAGCUGAUUUCUUCAGAAAUGGUAAGUCUGCAUAAAUUAUGCAAGGUUGCGGACUCUUAUUCUGCUGGCACCGCAUGCAGAGACCUUAUUUCGUGCCAGGGUUCUAAGAUAGUGGAGGAUGUGAAUUUGGGAGAAAAGGCUGGGCGUGAAAUAGAGGUUGCAGAUGUAGAAGAUGAGGGUUUAACUGAAUCUCUGAAAUCCUUAUUAUUUCUAUAUUGUUCCCUCUUUCCAUUAGAUUAUGAAUUUAAGAAAUAUGAGUUGGUGCAGUUAUGGAUAGCUGAAGGCUUUCUUGGAGAGAGGCAUAGAGAGAGAAUGGAGGAUACCGGUAUUUUGUAUUUCAAUUCCAUGGAGAGUGAAGGCUUUUUUGUGCCUUCAAGAAGUGAUUUCAGUGUGGAUUUUGAUUCAGUGUUCUCACUGCCCAUUUAUAAUCCCAGCAACUUCUUGUACAAGAUUAAUACAAUCAAGCUUUCAGUUUUGGAAAAAAGAAUUUACCAGGAUGGUUAUUUCAGAGCUGUGGAUGGUAAGUUAGAUGGAGCUUCAGAAAUGACACAACAUUUGUCUGUGAUUUUUCAAAAUAUGGAUGAGAUAGGUUUUGGGGUUCUCCAAAAGUUUCAGCGUCUUCGCACGCUGCUUUUGUUCUCUGGUAGCAGGUCUUCCAUUAAACAAGUUCCUCGUAAUCUGUUUUUGGGCUUAAAGUUCUUGAGGACGUUGAAUUUGAGUGGAACUCUCAUCUCUGAAUUACCAAGUUCCAUUCGAAAUGUCAAAGCAUUGCGCUAUCUUGAUGUCUCUCACACACCCAUUAGACAGUUGCCCGAAGCAAUCGAUUCUCUUCACAAUUUACAGACCAUAAAACUCAGAGGUUGUGUAAAUUUUGUUCAGUUACCGAAGGGCAUCAAGAAGCUAACCAACCUACGCCAUAUCGAACUUGAUAUCAUUCGGCAAUUGGAUUCCUUGCCUGCAUACUUGGGAAACUUGACUAACCUGCAGACUCUGUCAGCAUUUCUCAUCGGUAGGGAUCAAGGGUGCCAUAUUGGAGAGCUGAAGAAUUUGAAUCAUCUCAAAGGAACACUUCGCAUUUCAAGGCUCGAAAAUGUGUUGACUAAGGAAGAGGCUGAGGAAGCUUCUUUGAGUAUGAAGAAAUCCCUCCAGAGCGUGGAGCUCCGGUGGAGUAGUCUGUUGGUUGAGAAUGUACGGGAAGAAGAGAAAAUCCUUGAAUGUCUACAACCCCAUUAUGGCCUUCAAGAGCUAGAAAUUCAAAACUAUGGUGGCUCAAUUCUUCCAGCUUGGAUUAGCAAUCCGGCUUUUGCAGACCUUCUUGUUGUUACUCUUUACAGAUGCAAAAAUUGUGAACUUCUCCCAUCUUUGGGACAGUUACCAGCGCUUAAGUUUCUCUCCAUUAUUGAAAUGAAUGAGGUGAAGGAAAUUCAUCAUCAGUUAUUCAGAAAUGACCAAGUUGCUCAAGGCUUCCCUGCAUUUCCUAAACUUGAGAGGCUAGAAAUUGAUAUCAUGCUUAAUUUGAAACAGUGGACGGCGAUAAAACAAGGUGAUUUACCGUCUCUACUUAAACUCACGGUGGACUCUUGCCCAGAAUUUGUCACUCUUCCUUCACUUUCAGAACUAAAAUCCCUCAAGCAUCUGGAGUUCAGACGCUGCCCAAAGCUUCUGCCCUUGCCCCACGAUGGACUCCCUACUUCACUUGAGUCUUUAAUAAUUAUACGUUGUCCUGAACUGAAAGAAUGGUGCACGAAGGGGGGAGGUGAAGAUCAGGAAAACAUAUGGCAUGUGCCUAGCGUAUGGUUGGAUCAUGAAGAGCUAAAAAUGGAAGGAGAACAAUCUUUCAGUGACGCUUGAAGGGCUGGUUGCUUGUAAAAUGAUUCUUGAAGUGUUGGUGGUGAUAUGUUGGAGCUAGAGCCUUCGUUUCACUAGUUGGGUCGCCGUUUAUGGGGUUUGUUAUGUGUAUUAUGCUGUUUCAAUUUGCUGAGUGCAGUUUGUUUUAUAUUUUGAUUUUUGUGGUUUGAGUUGUUGCUGCUUCUUUUGCUGCAUCAUUGUUCAUAACUUCAUACAAUCGCAAGCAUGUAAUUAGUAUUUAGGCUUAUUUUUUGCGAUGACAUAUUUGACGAGCCAAAAUCCUAACAAUCUCCACCUUGGUGAGUCAAA